CCAAUCAAACAACACGCUACCCUGAAGCUUAUUUUUCUCUCUGUCUUAAUUAUUCUCAAUUCGUGUUUUUCUCUUACUACGCACGUGCGCAGCGGUUAUUGUGUUUUAAUUUGGUUGAGCACAGUCACCCGAAAUGACCAUUUUACGUUACUACGAUACAAUUGCGUACGAUGCAGCUGAGGAGCAGGAGGCUCUGCGCCGUCUGCAGUCGAUUGACCAGGAGUUGAUAUCUGUGCGCAUGGAACGUUGUUACCACUUGGGGUGCAGCGAUUGCGAUAGCAUCACUUUGAAGAUGAUAGAGGAGUUAAUGUCCUGGCUGGUGAGACAGCCGUUGCAGACCGAGGCAUGCAACAGUCUCAGGAAAAGUGCAACUUUGCACGUAGCAGACGAUGCAUCUAAAAUGUUGGUCGAGAUUGGACCGCGAUUCAAUUUCUCUACGGCGUAUUCGACCAACUGUGUGAACAUUUUUCACAAUCUCGGCUACUCUCAGGUGCAACGCGUGGAGACAUCAACACGCUAUUUGCUACACUUUGCCAAUGAUGCAGCGGUUCGGAAUCGUGCCGAAUAUGUAGCUGUCCUGGGAGAUCGUAUGACCGAGUGCGAGUAUACGGAGGCGAACACGCCUCGAGACAGUUUUGAUGAGAUGUUGCCCGCAAAACAGGAACCUUGGCAUCAUGUGCCUGUGUUAGAGCAAGGCCGAGUGGCAUUAGAGCAAAUUAACCAAGAUCUUGGUUUGGCAUUCACCGACUUCGACAUCGACUACUAUUAUAAGCUAUUCACGCAGACAUUAAAACGAAAUCCCACCACAGUGGAAUUGUUCGAUUGUGCGCAGAGCAAUAGCGAGCAUUCAAGGCAUUGGUUUUUUCGAGGACGCAUGAUCUGUGAAGGCAAGGAACUACCCAAGUCGCUGAUCACACUAAUAAUGGACACUCAGCACGAUACGAAUCCAAACAACACCAUUAAGUUCAGCGAUAACAGUAGCGCAAUUAAGGGAUUCGAGCAUCUCGUGCUGCAACCGAAGCAUGUCGGUGCCCCGAGCGUUGUUGAACAGCAAAAAGUGCAAUCGGAUCUCAUUUUUACGGCGGAGACACACAAUAUGCCCACAGCAGUGGCGCCUUUCAGUGGGGCAACCACCGGCACUGGCGGCCGCUUGCGAGAUGUUCAGGGCGUUGGCCGUGGUGGCUUGCCAAUUGCUGGCACAGCCGGCUAUUGUGUCGGAGCUUUGAAUAUACCGGGAUACACACAACCGUAUGAGCCAUGUAACCUAAAGUAUCCCAGCUCCUUUGCAAAGCCAUUGCAAGUUCUCAUUGACGCAAGUAAUGGGGCCUCCGAUUACGGCAACAAAUUUGGUGAGCCGCUUAUCUCGGGAUUUACCAUAUCCUAUGGAUUGUAUAAUGCUGCUCAACCAGUUGCAAGGGACGAAUACGUGAAGCCAAUUAUGUUUAGCGGCGGAUUGGGCACUAUGCCUCAUUCAAUGCGCCACAAAAAGGAUCCAGAACGUGGUCAACUCUUGGCCAAAAUUGGUGGUCCAGUAUACCGAAUUGGAGUGGGUGGCGGUGCAGCCAGCUCCGUCGAAAUACAAGGAUCUGCUGAUGCUGAAUUAGAUUUCAAUGCAGUACAGCGCGGUGACCCUGAAAUGGAGAACAAAUUGAAUCGUGUAGUGCGGGCAUGCAUUGAGCUAGGGGAUCGAAAUCCCAUUUUGGCAAUUCAUGACCAAGGGGCUGGAGGCAAUGGAAAUGUAUUGAAGGAGCUUGUCGAGCCAGGAUAUGCGGGUGCUCUCAUCUUUGCACGAGAAUUUAAGCUGGGCGAUCCAACCAUAACGGCCUUGGAACUGUGGGGAGCAGAAUACCAGGAGAAUAAUGCUAUACUCUGCUCCCCGGAGGACCGUCAAUUACUUGAGCGCAUCUGUGCCCGUGAACGUUGUCCCAUUAGUUUUGUUGGCGUUGUUACCGGCGAUGGUACGGUAACGCUCGUGGAUCAGGCAGCUCCCAAUGAUAUGCAGCAGGCACUGCAACAGAAUGAACUUCAAAACUAUGACGCAGCUCCUUUUAAUAUGCAUUUGUCACAUGUACUGGGGGAUAUGCCCAAACGGUCUUAUCAUCUGAAUGACUUACCCAUUCCACGCCAAAAACUUAAACUGCCAAAUAACUUACAAAUAGAGGAUGCAUUAGAUCGCGUUCUGAGCAUUGUCGCUGUUGGAAGCAAGCGCUUCCUUACCAACAAAGUGGACCGAUGUGUCGGCGGCUUAAUUGCCCAACAACAAUGUGUGGGUCCAUUUCAGGCACCUCUGUGUGACUAUGCCCUGACUACCGUCUCACACUUCACCUACUCAGGAAUUGCCACAUCCAUCGGAACGCGCCCUAUCAUAGGUAUUGUCAGUCCAGUGAAUAUGGCUCACAUGUGUGUGGCCGAAGCUCUCAGUAAUUUGGUUUUUGUGAAGAUUACCGAAUUGGCAGACAUCAAGUGCUCUGGAAAUUGGAUGUGGGCCGCUAAACUGCCUGGCGAAGGAUACAAAAUGUACGAAGCUUGUCUUGCACUAAGUCAAGUGUUGCGGGAACUGCGAAUUGGCAUAGACGGUGGUAAGGACUCACUUUCGAUGGCUGCGAAAGUGGACAACGAGACCGUUAAAUCGCCAGGAACUCUUGUUCUAUCAACUUAUGCACCCUGUCCCGAUGUGCGCCUUCGAGUUACGCCUGAUCUAAAAGGACCAGCAUGUGGGAAAGAUACUGUUUUGCUUUGGAUCAAUAUUGAACAGUCUUUCCGCUUGGGCGGUUCGGCUCUUGCGCAAUCUUACUCUCAACAAGGGGAUUCGACACCUGACAUGGCAGAUACCAAAGUAUUAGUCAAGGCCUUUGAAGUUACUCAAUCCCUCCUGAGCGAAGGGCUACUACUUGGAGGCCAUGAUAUUAGCGACGGCGGCUUAAUAGUGUGUCUUAUCGAAAUGGCAAUCGGAGGACUAAGUGGCAUAAAGGUGGACUUUAACGAGGCAAUGUCAGGCAAUUUUUCUGCAUCCAAAGAAAUUGGAGUCGAUUUUAGUUUGUUGUUCAGUGAGGAGUGUGGCUGGGUGUUGGAGUUAGAAAGCACACACCUGAGCAAGGCUCGCAAUCGCUUUAAUGAAGCCGGCGUCCCUAAUUUUUAUUUGGGAUCAACACAUGGAUUUGGUCUCGACAAAGCUCGAAUAGUGCUCACAAGAGGUGCAACGAAACUAUUGGAUAAAAAAUUACUUCCACUUUACAAGCAAUGGGAACGCACUAGUUUUGAACUCGAGAAACUGCAGGCCAAUGUUGAUUGCGUUCAAUCAGAAUAUCAGAGCCUCAAUUAUCGCCAGCCACCACAAUAUAAAGGUCCACAGAAUUUUCAUGCAGAAUUGGUUUUAAAGCGCUGUACUCGGACGAUUCGUGUAGCCGUCCUGCGUGAGGAGGGUGUUAACAGUGAACGUGAAAUGAUGGCUUGUCUGUUUAGAGCUUAUUUUGAAGUACACGAUGUAACUAUGUCAGAUCUGUUGGCAGGGUCCACAUCCCUUUCUCAGUAUCGCGGAUUGGUGUUUCCGGGUGGUUUCAGCUACGCUGAUACUUUGGGUUCGGCUAAAGGUUGGGCGGCCAAUAUCUUGCACAGUGAGCUACUUCAGCCACAAUUUGAAGCAUUCAAGAAGCGUGAAGAUGUCUUCUCUCUUGGUAUAUGUAAUGGUUGUCAAUUAAUGACAUUGAUUGGUUUUGUAGGCAGUACAAAGGCCGAUAAGUAUGACACCACAACGAGCAAGACGUCUCCUGAAAUUGCCCUUGUUCGUAAUAUUUCGCGAAGGUUUGAGUGCCGUUGGUCAACUGUAAAGAUUCCGACCAACCGCUCCAUAAUGUUGCGCAGUAUGGACAAUCUAGUUUUGGGCUGUUGGGUCGCACAUGGCGAAGGGCGAUUUGCUUUCCAGCGGGAUGAAAUGCGAAAUCAGAUGAAGAAGGAACAAUUGAUAACACUGCAAUAUGUGGAUGAUGAAGGUGUGCCAACUGAAAAAUAUCCUAUGAACCCCAAUGGCAGUCCCGAAGGAAUUGCUGGUGUUUGCUCUUCAGAUGGUAGACAUCUGGCUCUUAUGCCGCAUCCAGAGAGAUGCAGUGCUAUGUACCAGUGGCCAUAUGUGCCUCCGGGCUUUGAGCAAGCUCCCACCCAAAUGGAAAGCCCAUGGCAAUUAAUGUUUAAUAACGCCUACAAAUGGUGUACACAUCUGGACAAACAAUAGAUUUACACCUAUAUUAACUAAAUCGAUUUUAAUUUUUCAACGUUUACAAGUAUAGCAAACCGGAUAAUAUAUAUUUCGAACUAAAUAUCUUACAAUUUAAACAUUGACAAUAGUAAAUCACAAAAUACGCGAAUUGAUCUUAAAACUGAAUUAUAUUUUCAAUAAAUAAAUAUAAAAAGAA